GCGGCAUCUCAGUGCUUGUGACACUACUCACAGCAAGCACUGGGAACUAACACUAUUCACAACCAUGUUUAUCAUUGUUGUAUGUAUGUUUAAUUACCAAUAGUCAGACUAUCUAUGGGGUGAUGCGUUGAAAGUUUAAUGGUGUAGCAUCAGUCAAGUCUAAUGGGGCUGCUGGACAAACUUUCGGGCUGGCUCGGCCUGAGGAAGAAAGAGGUCAACGUUUUGUGUUUGGGACUGGACAACAGCGGCAAAACUACCAUCAUCAACCAACUCAAACCUUCUAAUCAUUCGAAUCAUUUAGGCCCAUUGUCAGAAGAGUGGAAACAUGUUAGUCAGACGCAGGCACAAGAAAUAGUCCCAACCAUUGGCUUCAACAUUGAAAAGUUCAAGAGUUCAAGCCUGUCUUUUACAGUCUUCGAUAUGUCCGGGCAGAGCAGAUAUAGAAACCUAUGGGAGCAUUACUACAAAGAAAGCCAUGCCAUCAUAUUUGUCAUUGACAGUGGUGACAAACUGAGAAUGGUUGUUGCCAAAGAGGAGCUAGAUACUCUUCUCAAUCACGAAGAUAUCCGCUGCAAAAAGAUACCAGUAUUGUUCUUUGCCAACAAGAUAGAUCUGCGGGACGCUAUGUCUUCUGUCAAGGUCUCACAGAUGUUGUGUUUGGAGAACAUCAAAGACAAACCCUGGCACAUCUGUGCCAGCAAUGCCAUCAAAGGGGAGGGCCUACAGGAAGGGUUGGACUGGCUACAAGAACAAAUUGGACAAGCAUAUCAAAACAAUGAACAAAUGAAUGACUGAAAAGCCUGCGACCGUGGACACGAUGUGCUAACUGGAUCUCAUUCACCACUUGGGAGUAUUCAUCACACUUGACGUCGUAGGCCUUAAACUUCAAUGUCAAAUAGCCCAGUACUUCCAAUUAUUUGAAAAGAAAACCCUGCUAACGAUAUAAUUUGUACAUGACUACUAAAAGUAAGUGAUUAUUUAAAGCAGCCACCAAUAGUUAGUUAACAGUUCUACAUUAUUACUGACACAAACAUGAAUGCAGUCUAAAUAACAUACUGUGAACUCAAAAGAUCCUUAAUAUUGUUUCUGUAUACAGUAACAUUUACAUAUUUUUAUUUGAAGCUGCUUGUUUUUUUUUUUUUAUUCCAUGAUGCUUUAAUUUAUUUAAUCAACUGAACUUUUUUUUUGAAAAUGCUGUCAGUGCUUAAUAUUGAGCCACCUGAAGGAUAAUAAAAGCUUGUUACUUGCUGAG